UAAUAAAAAUCAAUGUCCUAUAGUCAUACAUUCUCCAAUGGAUUUUUAUUUUGUAAACCCUCAUCCUAAUCCCAAUUUUGGUUACUCUACUCAUAUGAACCAUCAUGUUCCUUCUUCCUCUUCUCAUGAGUUUGUAGUAUCCGAUUAUCUCAUGCUUGAUGAUAUUUGGAUUGAUCAAACACGACAUGAUCAAGAAUCUAGGUCACAAAGUAUUGAAUCAUUAGAGAAAGUAACCUUCGAUGAUGUCAAUCAUGAACUUGAACUCAAUGAUGCAACCUCUAACAACAAUAACAUAAAGUACAAAAAUGGGAGUAUUAAAGGAAAAAAGGGAGAAGUGGGGCCAAAGAUAGCAUUUAGAACAAGAUCAGAGAUUGAGAUUAUGGAUGAUGGAUACAAAUGGAGGAAGUAUGGAAAGAAGUCUGUGAAGAAUAAUCACAAUCUAAGGAACUACUACAAAUGUUCAAGUGUUGGAUGCAAUGUGAAGAAAAGAGUGGAAAGGGAUAGAGAUGACUCAAGCUAUGUGAUAACAACUUAUGAAGGUGUUCACAACCACGACAUUCCAUUUACCUCCUACUGUGGCCAAAUCUCCUUUCAACAUUAUGAUGCAUAAUUAUAAUUAGGCACUUUGGUGCAAACUCACAUCUUAUUUUGAUUGAUUACUACUAGUGUACGUCCAUAUAUAAAUGAGAAAUGAUUUUUUUUACUUAAUAAUGAUUUUUUUUU